GAGCCCAUGCGCCCCCUGCUCACCACCGGCGUGGAUGGUCUGCCACCGGGAAGCGCCUCCACCUCGCAUCCCGGCCCCGGGUCUGUCUCUGCGAUGCCUCUGCUUCACGCGCUGGGUCCCGUGCAGACCUGGCUGGGACAGGAGCUGGAGAAGUGUGGCAUCGAUGCCAUGAUUUACACACGCUAUGUCCUCAGUCUGCUUCUGCAUGACAGCUGUGACUACGACCUGCAGGAACAGGAGAAUGACAUCUUCCUGGGCUGGGAAAAAGGAGCUUACAAGAAAUGGGGAAGGAGUAAGAAAAAGGGUGCAGACCUCACUCUGGAAGAGAUGAAGAAACAGGCUGCUGUGCAGUGUCUGCGGUCAGCAUCUGACGAGAGUUCUGGCAUCGAGUCCCUGGUGGAAGAGCUGUGCUGUAGGCUGAAGGACCUGCAGAGUGAACAAGAAGAGAAGAUUCACAAAAAGUUGGAGGACUCAUCCUCUCCAGAAGCAGAACUGUCCCCGACGGCCAAGGACCAGGUGGAAAUGUACUAUGAAGCGUUCCCACCGCUGUCCGAGAAACCUGUCUGCCUGCAGGAGAUCAUGACCGUGUGGAACAAGUCCAAAGUCUGCUCCUAUUCCAGCUCCUCCUGCCCCUCCUCCACCGCCCCGGCCGGCACGGCCACACCCUCCCCCAAGGACGGCCACAGUGAGAGCGAGGCCACCAGGGAAGGGGGCCGGGCAGUGCCCUCCAGCACCCGCGAGACAGCCCCAGGCAGGAGUGGGAGUGAGAAGGAGACCACGCUGAGCAACAGCGCCCCCGAAGAGCCGCCCGCGCCCCACAAGAAGCCAGCCCGCCACAGGCCGGAGGGCAAGGCCCGCCCUCGCUCCUGGUCGUCCGGCUCCAGCGAGGCCGGCUCAAGCUCUAGCGGCCCCCAGGGCGAGCCGAGGGUGCCCGCCAAGUGUGUCAAAGUGAGGCACAAGCCUCGAGAAGCACGCGUCAGGAAGGGGCGGGACGGGCAGGGCCGGCUCCCCGCAAGGGGCGGCGAGAGGGCGGACAGAAGCGUGCGCACCGGCAGCAGCAGCAGCGGUGGUGGGGGCGGCUCCGGCAAGCAGCUGUGCAAACGGGGCCGGAGGCCGCUGAAGGAGCUGGGGCUCCGAGACGCCGGCGGCCCUGAGGGCAGGGCCCCGUGUGUGGAGAGCAGGGAUGACAGGGAGUACAAAGAGGAGCCGCUGUGGUACACCGAGCCCAUCGCAGAGUACUUUGUACCUUCGAGCAGAAAAAGCAAACUGGAGACCACGUACCGCCACCCGCCAGAGCCAAGCACGCGGACGCCAGAGGCCGACGAGGAGCUGGUGGACGCCGUGCGUGGCCUCUGUGUCAGCAGCAGCGCUCACAAGACAUACCUCGCAGCUGGCACCUUCGUUGGCGGUCAUUUUGUAGAAAUGCCUGCAGUCAUCAGCGAGGCGGCUGACCUCCCUGGGACUGCGUUCUGUUCUCCGCCGGAGGACACUAACUACCCGGAUGACAUUCAUCUGUCGGAAUUCACACACUUCUAUGAAGUGGACAUUGAUCAAUCCAUGUUGGAUCCUGGUGCCUCGGAAUCAAUGCAAGGGGAGAGUCGGAUCUUGAACCUGAUUCGGCAGAAAGGGGGAGAGGGGCCGGGCUUCGAGGCAGGAUGCUGCAUAGUGCUGGACGGGGUGCAGGUGCAAGGGCAGCGUGCAAUAUGGACAGAGCCCACGGGCGCAGGGGGCGCCGAGGGCCUGCUCCUGCAGGGAGGUGCCGAGGACCUGGCUCAGUUCUGGGACUGCUGCUCGUCCAGCUCCGGCGACGCUGAUGCCGAGAGCUUCGCGGGAGACUCUCCAGCCCGGCUGUCUCCACUCCUGGACGGCACGAUGCUCAGCUCACACGCGGCGGCCGGCAGUCAGGAGCUCUUACCGGAUGCUCCUGAAGGGCCGGCUGUGGACGCUUGUCUGUCCGUGUUUGAAGUGCAGUGCAGUGACUCGGGCCUCCCGUUCUCUUUUGAGACCCUCAACUUGGGAAACGCAGAUGCAGACUGUAGUGCUGACGGGCUUGGGAAGACACAGUCUAGAUUGCUGAUAUGGACCAAAAAUCGUGCCUUUGAGGAGAAUGGACACUGUUCCAAUCUUUCCACGAGAACGUGUAGCCCCUGGUCCCACUCAGAAGAGACGCGUUCCGACACCGAGACGCUGGGUAUCCAGUCGGAAGAGUCCACGCAGUUUCAUGCUGACGAUAUUAACUACGGAGUCCCCAGAGUCCCGUCAAACUAUGGAGAGGAAGAACUGCUAGAUUUCUUACAAGAUGAAGCUUGCCAGCACAACGGCAGGACCCUGGGCGAGAGCCCCACGUUUGUUUUCAAGAAGCAGUCGAAGCUGGAGUCUGUCUGCGGGAUCCAGCUGGAGCACAGGUCGGACAGCGGAGGCUUUGAGAGCGUGCGGGGCGGCGGCUACCGGCCAGGGGUGGGCGGGGGCAUCUGGACCCACGUGGCAGGCGGGACCCCGGUGGCCACCGUGGACACACAGAGGAUGGACGGCGAGGCGUUCUCCGCGGACACGAACGACUACUGCUGCUGCCUGGAUGCCGGGCUGGGGGCCGAGGGCCUCCGGGAGCCCAGCAGAGCCGUGCAGAGGUCCGAGUACCGCCUGUGGGAGGGUCAGAAGGGGGGCCUGCCGAAGCACGCCUUCGCCCCCCGCGAGCCGGCCGAGGUGGACGGCAGCGACUACAUGACUCCCUCGCGGCCUUGGGAUGUGGCCCAGGGCAAGGAGAGCACGUUCAUCCUGGGAGGGGUCUACGGGGAGCUGCAGACCUUCAGUGAGGCCGAGUGGGCCGUGGUGCCGCCCGGCCCCACUAGGAGCAGCCUGCUGCAGUGUGCCUCCUCCGAUGUCGUCACCAUAGCCGGCACCGAUGUCUUCAUGACGCCUGGAAACAGCUUUGCUCCCGGCCACAGGCAGCUGUGGAGGCCCUUGGUGUCCUUUGACCAGAACGAGCUGCCCAGGAGUGGGGAGGGCAGCUGGAAUAAGGGGUUUUCCUUCAUCUUCCGUGAGGACUUGCUGGGUGCGUGCGGCACCUUCCAAGUUGAGGAGCCGGGGCUCGAGUGCCCGUUCUCCUCCCUGGAGCUGAGCAGCCCCCUCUCCCAGGUCCUCCACGUCGAGUGCUCCUUGGAACCCGAAGGCAUAGCUUCUUUCAGCCCCAGUUUUAAGCCCAAAUCCAUCCUCUGCUCUGACUCAGACAGCGAGGUGUUCCACCCCAGGGCACGUGGUGUUGAGAGGACUCAGUACAGAGCCAUCCGCAUCUCCCCCCGGACCCACUUCCGCCCCAUCCCUGCGUCUGAGCUGUCGCCCGGUGGGAGCGGGUCUGAGUCCGAGUCUGAGAAAGAGGAAGCCAGUCUGCCCACUCCAGCUCAGGUCGACACCUUUCAGGACCCCCAGGCCGACCUCAAGCCCCUGGAAGAAGACGCACAGAACGAGGGCCACUACUACGGGAAGUCGGAGCUCGAGUCCGGGAGAUUCCUCCCCCGCCUGAAGAAGUCUGGCAUGGAGAAGAGCGCCCAGACGUCCCUGGACUCCCAGGAGGAGGCCGCCGGGGUCCUGCAGGUGGGAAAGCCAGGCCCCUGCCUGGAGUGCCGCGCAAAUGAGACCGUGCAGAGGGAUUUAGGAAGCUCCCAAGCAAAUUGCAGGAUCGUGGCACCAUGCGAGGAAGAGACGAAUCGUUUUUGCAGUUGUAAAGCAGGUUGUCAGUUCCCUGCUUAUGAAGAUAACGUGGUCCCUUCAGGACGGCCCGAAGAGUUUCCUGUGCUGAACACAGAUGUUCAGGGAGCACGGAGAUGUCACGAGAAACCGACCUGGUGGGAAAAAGCCCUGUUCUCGCCUCUCUUCCCUGCGUCCGAGUGUGAAGAAUGUUACGCGAACGCCAAGGGGGAGAACGGUGCGGGAGAGUACCCUGAAGUUAAAAACGUGCCCAGCAGUGAGUGCCCGCUGGACUUCAACAGGGUGUCCUCCGUGUAUGAAGCCCGCUGCGCUGGGGAGAGGCUCUCGGGGGCACAGGCUCACGGCUUCCGCAGAAAGGUGGGCUCCGGGACCAGCUCGGCCAGAGAGGACACCGGCCGAGGACGGCGGCUCGCAGGGCGCUCGGAGGGCGGGGGCGGAUGGGCGGGCCCCGGCGAAGAGGAGCUCUUUUCUGGAACCCACCUCUGA